CCUUCCUUCCCAUUUCCUACAAACACGCUCUGCCUCCUCUUCCUUCACCCCCCUACGGCGCCUCCAAACCCUAGCCCGUCGAGCCAGCCGGAAGAAGCGGCGAGACAUUAUGGGGUGGGCCGCGCGGUUCCUGACUGCGGUCUCAUUCCUCGCCGCGGGCGUCCUCUUCGCGCCGGACGCGCUCUUCGGCGGCGCCCCCGGCCGCCCAGCAGCGGGCGUCGCGGCGGCGAGGCUGGCCCAUGUACUCUGCUUCGCCACCGCAUGGGGAGCCGCGCUCUGGGUCACCUUCAUCGGCGGCAUCGUCAUGUUCAAGCAUUUGCCAAGGCACCAGUUCGGGAGUCUGCAGGGGAAGAUGUUCCCAGCAUACUUCAUGUUGAUAUCGGUGUGUUCAGCUAUAUCGGUUGCAGCAUUUGCAUACCUCAACCCGUGGAAGACAGCAUCAACUAUUGAGCGUUACCAGCUUGGUUUCCUUCUUGCUGCCCUCGGUUUUGACCUGUCCAACCUUCUGGUCUUCACCCCCAUGACUAUCGAGAUGAUGAUGAAGAGGCAUAAGAUCGAGAAGGAUCUUGGCAUCGGUGGUGAGGUGGGACGGUCAAGGAAUGCCGAGUUGGCAAAGACAAACCCUACACUGGCAGCGAUGAACAAGAAGUUCGGGAUGAUCCACGGGCUGUCGUCCCUGGCAAACAUCAUGGCAUUCGGCAGCCUGGCCAUGCACUCGUGGUACCUAGCGAGCAAGCUCGAGUUGUGACUGUUGAAAGUUAGUGAUGAGUCCAUGUAAUGACCUCUCUUCUCAGCUGGUGACAGGAGCUUAUAGUCUAGGCUGUCUAGAGCUAAAGAAAGAGUAGUGUGAAAACUUUGCAUCUGAUGUUGUGACUUGGGAUAAUAAUGUACAGAGUGCAAGGAGUGUAGCUGUUUAAUAAUGUGCAGGAGCGCAGAAACUCCGCUAGAAUCAGUUUAUCUUUUACAGAUGAUGAUCUGCGUAUGAAACGGGUGUAAA